AUGGCUCGUCUUCGCGCUGAGUUCGCCAUCAAGGACUUGGGUCCUUUGCACUACUUCCUCGGUGUCGAGGUGGUGCGCCGUUCGGAUGGCUUCUUCCUUCAUCAGCGGAAGUACGCUCACGAGCUCUUGGAGCAUGCCGGCAUGCUUAACUGCAAGCCCGCCCCUACGCCUGUUGAUACGAAGGCCAAACUUUCUAUCAAGGAUGGUUCUCCUGCUUCGGAUGCUGUUUUCUAUCGGUCUAUCGUUGGUGCUCUCCAGUACCUCACUCUGACUCGACCGGAGAUCCAGUAUGCCGUGCAACAGGUGUGUCUUCAUAUACAUGUUCCUCGAGACGUUCACUGGGCUGCCGUCAAGCGGAUUCUCCGCUAUAUCUGUGGCGCUAUGGAUCUUGGUGUCACGCUUCACGCCUCCGCCGACACCGCCCUCACCGCCUACUCCGAUGCAGACUGGUCGGGCUGCCCUGACACUCGUCGCUCCACUUCGGGCUAUUGUGUCUACCUUGGACCCUCACUUAUCUCGUGGUCGUCCAGGUGGCAGCCUACGGUCUCUCGUUCCAGUGCCGAGGCUGAGUAUCAUGCGGUGGCCAACGCCGUCGCCGAGUGUUCGUGGCUUCGCCAGCUGCUUCGGGAGCUCUCUUGUCCUAUUGACCGUGCCACGGUGGUCUACUGCGACAAUGUCUCGGCGGUCUACCUCUCCGCUAACCCGGUGCAUCAUUGA